CUAGCCCCGGAACAGGCGGUGCCGAUGCCUCCGGGAAACCGGAAGUUAAGAUAAGAUUGUACCUAGUCCCACCUCUUCCUACACUUCCAAAGAUUUUCUAGGUUAGGCUCCUUAGCCAGUCAUGGAACUUCUUGCGCCCCGCUCCUCAACCCUCGCCUCAGCUUCAGUCACCCCAAGUUCACUCUAUUCAAGCUAAACAAGGCAAUAAUGACCAGAGAGAGGGCGGAGACUGAAGAGGAGUUCAGGAGGACUUCCAGGAGGAGAGACAAGGCUGGGAAAAGAUGGAGUAGCUUCACCAGAUGGACUCACUGGGGCUACUCCUCUACUCCUCUACAGGAAGCCUGGAGCCCCAGGGAUGGCCUUUGAGAGGGACAGAUUCCCAGCCCAGCUAUUCCAGUCCUCCAAGUGCCACACUGGAUACAUUCACCCCCAUUACAAGUUGCAACCUCCCCACCUCAAGAGAAGUAGACUGCAAGCACCAAGUCUCUCUGGCCUCAGUGAGGGGUUGGUGUUCAAGGAUGUGGCUGUGGACUUCACCAGGGAGGAGUGGUGCCUCUUGUCCCCUCCCCAGAAGGAGCUGUACAAGGAGGUGAUGCUGGAGAAUGCCCAGAACCUGCUCUCUGUGGGGCUUCCAGGUCCCCCAGAAGAUGUGAUCUCUUAUUUGAAGCAGAGAAAAGACCCCUGGAUGCUGGAGCAAGAAGGUCUGAGGAGCUGCUGCCCAGAAGGAGAAAUCAGACCUGAAAUGAAGGAGAAUCAAAGAGAGAUGAGCCCUUCUGUGGAAGAAAUUGACCGACAAAGAUUCAUUAGUGAUGGUCCUGAUAACUUUGCUUUCAUAGACUUCAGUGUUGCACCUCAAAAUUUGUCUCAUAUUGAACAUCAAAGAAAGCACACUGCAGAAAAAUAUAGUGAAAGUAAUCAGUGCAGAAAAAUGUUUAUGCACAGCAUCAGCCUUGCUGGAUAUCAGAGAAUCCACACUGGGGAGAAACCUUAUGAAUGCAAGUGGUGUGGAAAGACAUUCACUAGAAAGUCCAAACUUGCUGUUCAUCAGAGAGUCCACACUGGUGAGAGACCUUAUGAAUGCCAGCAAUGCAGAAAGACAUUCAAAGAAAGGUCCAUACUUUCCGUUCAUCAGAGAAUCCACACUGGGGAGAAACCUUAUGAAUGCAAGCAGUGUGGAAAGACAUUCACUAGGAAGUCCAGACUUGCUGUUCAUCAGAGAGUCCACACUGGUGAGAGACCUUAUGAAUGCCAGCAAUGCAGAAAGACAUUCAAAGAAAGGUCCAUACUUUCCGUUCAUCAGAGAAUCCACACUGGGGAGAAACCUUAUGAAUGCAAGCAGUGUGGAAAGACAUUUACUAGGAAGUCCAGACUUGCUGUUCAUCAGAGAGUCCACACUGGUGAGAGACCUUAUGAAUGCCAGCAAUGCAGAAAGACAUUCAAAGAAAGGUCCAUACUUUCCGUUCAUCAGAGAAUCCACACUGGGGAGAAACCUUACGAAUGCAAACAGUGUGGAAAGAAGUUCAGUCGUAAGUCCAAACUUUCUGUUCAUCAGAGAGUACACACUGGGGAGAAACCUUAUGAAUGCAAGCAAUGUGGAAAGACAUUCAGUCAGAACUCCCAUCUUGCUGGACAUCAGAGAGUCCACACUGGGGAGAAACCUUAUGAAUGCAAGCAGUGUGGAAAGACAUUCAUAGAUAAGUCCUAUGUGGCUGUACAUCAGAGAAUCCACACUGGGGAGAAACCUUAUGAAUGCAAGCAGUGUGGAAAGACAUUCACUAGGAAGUCCAGACUUGCUGUUCAUCAGAGAGUCCACACUGGUGAGAGACCUUAUGAAUGCCAGCAAUGCAGAAAGACAUUCAAAGAAAGGUCCAUACUUUCCGUUCAUCAGAAAAUCCACACUGGGGAGAAACCUUACGAAUGCAAACAGUGUGGAAAGAAGUUCAGUCGUAAGUCCAAACUUUCUGUUCAUCAGAGAGUACACACUGGGGAGAAACCUUAUGAAUGCAAGCAAUGUGGAAAGACAUUCAGUCAGAACUCCCAUCUUGCUGGACAUCAGAGAGUCCACACUGGGGAGAAACCUUAUGAAUGCAAGCAGUGUGGAAAGACAUUCAUAGAUAAGUCCUAUGUGGCUGUACAUCAGAGAAUCCACACUGGGGAGAAACCUUAUGAAUGCAAGCAGUGUGGAAAGGCAUUCACUAGAAAGUCCAAACUUGCUGUUCAUCAGAGAGUCCACACUGGUGAGAGACCUUAUGAAUGCCAGCAAUGCAGAAAGACAUUCAAAGAAAGGUCCAAACUUUCUGUUCAUCAGAGAAUCCACACUGGGGAGAAACCUUACGAAUGCAAACAGUGUGGAAAGAAGUUCAGUCGUAAGUCCAAACUUUCUGUUCAUCAGAGAGUACACACUGGGGAGAAACCUUAUGAAUGCAAGCAAUGUGGAAAGACAUUCAGUCAGAACUCCCAUCUUGCUGGACAUCAGAGAGUCCACACUGGGGAGAAACCUUAUGAAUGCAAGCAGUGUGGAAAGUCAUUCAUAGAUAAGUCCUAUGUGGCUGUACAUCAGAGAAUUCACACUGGGGAGAAACCUUAUGAAUGCAAGCAGUGUGGAAAGACAUUCACAAUGAAAUUCAGUCUUACUGUACAUGAGAGAAUCCACACUGGGGAGAGACCUUAUAAAUGCAAUAAAUGUGGAAAGACAUUCAGUCAGAGCUCCAAUCUUGCUGUACAUCAGAGAAUCCACAUGUAGAGAAACCUUAAGAAUACAAGCUAUGUGGAAUGAUCUUCACAUGUAUUUCCAGUCUUGCUGUUGUGUGAAUUAAAUUACCCUAAAUUCUCUCUGGGGCAGCAUAACUGGUGUGAUUCGGAACUUGACUGAGAGGGGAGGAUUGCGUGAUGGGAACAAUUGAGGAUAGAAUGGCAGGAGGGAAAACACUGCAGUAGAGUCACAAUGGGGGAUCACAAAGAUCACAAUGGGGGAAGGGUGGAUGUCUCCUGGAUUGUCCCCUUGACUGCCCCCCUGUUUGGCUCAGGCAAAGUAGAAAGCCACUGUUAGCUCCCAAGAUGAGAUUUGUGAGUUAGUGGGUAGAGAAAUAUUUUGAAAAGCUGAGUUGAGAGCGGAUAUUUAAGUUCUUCUCUUUCAGAUUUUUUGCUGUCUAGACUUACCUGUGAGUAUUGCUAAGGCACCAUAAUUCUGCCCACAGAAUAGCAAGCUAAAUGGAGCAGUGAGGAAAGUAUGUCACCUAUUUUUCCAUCUUUUCUCCCUAUUGCCUUUGAUUAAAUAAAGUUUAGGGCCAGUCUUAUAAUUUUCCCUUUUAUAACAUACAUCACAGAAACCACAGACAUUCUCACUGAGCUUUCUUUUGUGCUCAAAAUCAGACAAUUCCCGUUACUAUAUCUUUUAUCUUUCAGAUAAAUUUAUUGAUCAGGGAAGAAUUUGUGACCAAGUAAGAAACAGAUAACUUCAUAGGAUUUAAAAUACAGUUUUUAUUAUAUUAAAUUCAAAACUUAUAUGAACAAAACUAAUAUAAUCAAGAUUAAACUUGGAAAGGAGUUAUUACUUGCUUUAUAACAAUAUGUCCAAUUAAAAACUUCAGUUUUAUUUGCGAAUGCCUGAAUUCAUCAUUUCAUGGCCUCUGGAUCUAAAGAGGAGUGAAUUCAGGAAGAAAAUAAUGUCUAUGCCCUAUAGAAAUCAUUUGUAAUUAGCAUCAUUUUCUAUAUAAGUUUUCCUCAAAAAUUUUUAUGAAUAAAAAAUUAAAGACUAACCAAUGAUAUUGUAGAUUUCAAAUAUGAAAUAAAAUUAUUGACUUUGCAAUGA